AACACCCUCAAUGUGUGAAUAAGCCUUCAACUUCAACCUUAUUUCUCUCUUCUCUCUCUCUCUCUCUCUAGCGACCCAGAAUAUUCAUUCUAAUUCUAGAGAGAGAAACUACACAACCACCACAACUACCACCACCGCCGCCACCACCAUCCGUUGUUAUUCGUAAACAAAUCUAACUCUAUAUGAACACAAACCGGUUACCACGUUCACGUUUUUCGAUGUAGUUCUUCGACAACGUCGUCGUUUCAUGUUACAUCAACAACAUCAGAGUUUAAUGUUGCAUGUAGUAGAUUGUUAACUAUUUAGUAGAGAAAUCGAUGAUGAAACUAAACUGGUUGAAGCCGAAUUUGAAGAAUGAGAAGAUGGAGAGGAGGAGGUUAUCUCUUGGAGAGUACAAGAGAUCAGUUUCAUGGUCCAAAUAUCUGGUAUCAUCUGGAGGUUCUAUAAAAGCUAAUGGAGGAGGAGGAGGAGAACAAGAGGAAGAAUGGAGUGCUGAUAUGUCACAGCUGUUUGUUGGGAACAAGUUUGCUAGCGGGAGACAUAGUAGGGUUUACAGAGGGGUUUAUAAAUCGAAAGAUGUCGCCAUAAAGCUUGUUAGUCAGCCGGAAGAAGAUAGAGAGUUGGCGUUAAUGCUGGAGAACCAGUUUACUUCAGAAGUCGUCUUGCUCUUUCGUCUUCAGCAUCCCAACAUCAUCACUUUAGUUGCGGCUUGUAAAAAACCUCCUGUGUUUUGUGUGAUCACCGAGUACAUGGCGGGUGGGUCCCUUAGGGCGUAUCUCCAUCAACAGGAGCCAUAUUCAGUGCCACCCAAUCUAGUUUUGAAGAUGGCUCUUGACAUUGCAUGGGGAAUGCAAUAUCUUCAUUCUCAAGGCAUACUUCACCGGGAUCUAAAAUCCGAAAAUUUACUGCUUGGUGAAAAUAUGUGUGUAAAAGUAGCCGAUUUUGGUAUCUCAUGUUUAGAGUCUCAAUGUGGUAGUGCAAAAGGAUUUACUGGUACUUACCGUUGGAUGGCACCCGAAAUGAUCAAAGAGAAAAAACAUACUAAAAAAAUUGAUGUUUACAGUUUUGCAAUUGUUCUUUGGGAGCUUUUAACUGCUUUGACACCUUUUGAUGACAUGACUCCAGAACAAGCAGCAUUUGCUGUCUGUCAAAAGAAUGCUAGACCUCCGUUACAUGAUUCAUGUCCAAUGGCGUUUCGCCAGCUUAUCUGCCGAUGUUGGUCAGGCAAACCAGAUAAACGGCCAGGAUUUGAUGAGAUUGUGAGUAUUCUUGAGAGAUAUGCAGCAUGUGUGGAGGAAAAUCCUGAUUUCUUGACUACAUAUGAACCCGAUAAUGGUAGUUUAUUCGGCUGUGACCGUGGUUGUUUUGGUCCCUGUAAAACUUCUUAUGGGAAUUAAUUAUGGAUUAUGCCAAAUUAAAUGUGUGAUCCUGUUGUUGCCUCGUUAAUAAGUAUUGAAAUAUUUAUAUUGAAUGGUUA